UUUGCCGAAACGUCAAAACGGAGUCAGUUUGAUCAAUAGCGUCUGCACAUGAUUCGUAGUUUCCUGCGACAACUUUCACCGAUCGUUAUCAGUAAACCAGAGUUUGCUGCAGGUACGACAUUAGCAAAAGCAUAUCUCUCCUCUUUAACGCACGUUAGGACGAUGUCGCUGGACGACGCGAAAAAGUGUGCAGCUUACAAGGCGGUCGAUGAGUUCGUCAAGGAUAACACCGUUAUCGGGAUCGGAUCGGGCUCCACGGUGGUCUACGCUGUGCAUCGAAUUGCCGAAAGAGUGAAGUCAGAAGGCUUGAAGCUGGUUUGCAUUCCUACCAGUUUCCAAGCUCGACAAUUAAUCAUUGAGCAUGGUCUGACGUUGGGGGAUCUCGAGUGCAAUCCCCGGUUAGAUUGUGCUAUCGAUGGAGCAGAUGAAGUGGACGCCAAAAUGGUCCUCAUUAAGGGUGGUGGAGGUUGCUUGUUGCAGGAAAAGAUCGUUGCGUCCUGCGCAGAGCGAUUGAUCGUGAUCGCGGAUUACACAAAGGACUCCAGCAAGUUGGGUCAACAGUACCGUAAGGGCAUUCCUAUCGAGGUAGUGCCGAUGGCUUACGUGCCAAUAAAGACAAAGGUGGAGAAACAAUUUGCAGGCAGUUUGAAACUGCGAAUGGCAGUGGCAAAGGCAGGCCCGGUCGUAACAGACAACGGGAAUUUCAUCUUGGAUUGGCAUUUUGAUGAUAAUAAGGAAUACGACUGGGAUGCGAUCAACCGGGAGAUUAUGAUGAUUCCGGGUGUCGUUGAUACGGGUCUGUUUGUUGGUAUGGCCACCAAGGCAUACUUUGGACAGCCUGAUGGAUCUGUUACAGAGCGUAAAGCUUGAGCGUAUUUAGGCAUUUUUCAAAUAAGACAUUUCCUUGUUUUUCCUCAUUUUGUCUUUUAUUCUUUAUUAUUUCUACGCGGUUUUUCAAUUGAUAAAUAAAUAGAAAUAAAAACAACAUGAAAGAGGAGAGGUAUCGUACAUGGCGCGAUGGUCCAGUAAA